AUGGCAAUGGAGCCUGUCUCACACAGCCGUACCUACAGAACUAUAGCUGAAAAAGUGUCUGCCUAUAUCGAUCUCGCUGUCACCGAGCCUGUAAAAGGCUGGUACCCUCCAUGUGUGCCACUACCCGUAGAGGCAUUAUAUGACUACGAUAUGGCCUUUCCACUCCCUGAUCCAGAUGCACUAGCUGAAAUCAACAAAUUGGAAGGUUGCGAAGACUCACAGACCUUCAAGCAGGUCGUGAUGGAUCUUUUGGGCCCUACUUCAAGAAUAGAGUUAAUAAACUUUGAAUAUUCACUGAAGGAACUCCGGAUGUCAUAUCGUUCGAUUUCAGUGGAAGGAUUCCAAUGGAAACUUAGAAAAUCCGCGAUGACACCGUUGGCCUCCAAUUACAUUCUCCUUGCCUAUUCAGAACGUCAAAUUAUUCGCUCUAGGCCAAGCCCUUAUAAAUUACCGCGAUCUAUGCUUCGGAAUCCUCGUUAUGUCGAAGUCGACAAAGGUAUAACAGCCAUCAUCGAAGAACUGUUUGGCCGUCCAAGAGAUUUAUCUUCUAAAGAGAAAAAACUCCCACCUUAUAUUGGAAGCAAGAUUCAUCCAAGGCUUGUGGACGUCAAAUCUCGCUUAACCGCAGUGGGACAAGGCGACUAUUUGCGGCUGGCUGAAUCUAAGUCCACAUCUUCAGUCAGCGCCGCAGCCAGCAGCAAACAUGAACGGAAAUCGCGAAGACUUUGA